GCCUUCCCACCGUUGGUGCAGCCACCAGAGGAUCGAUCACCGGUGCUAUGGCAGCCGCGCACCCCGAUGUCCGUGAAGAAGCUCUACGUAACCUUCAAUCAAUACGCCAACAAUACCCGGAACACCCGGGAUUCGCGGUGGAACCUGUGGACGAAGCUGGCUCAGCAAUGGGGCCUCCCGCCUCUCCCCAUCACGACCGACCUUGUCAACGCCAUCGGGGCCAGCUUGAAACAAG